AUGUCCUUUUCCAACGCAGGCGAUUAUGAGCAUGGAGAGGCUGCAACUGUCAGUGGUGGAACAGUUGCGAUGGAAGAUCAUUUAUUGGAUGUCCCUUUGCGGAGUUCAGAAGGCGUUAAUGACGAGUAUGAGCUUUUAGACCUCUCUAUCUGCCACAGGGAGUCGGAAGAAGAAGAUGGUGAUGAUGAUGCUGAAUAUAUGGACAUCCCUGUGGUUGAUGAGGAUGAUGGAUGGCCUUUGGAACAGCAACAGGAGGAACAGGUUUUGGAAGAAGAAGAAGAAGAAGAAGAAGAAGAAGAAGAAGAAGAAGAAGAAGAGGUGCCGGUAGAGUUUAUCGAAGAUGAAGAAAUGGACUCUGGGCCGUUGCUUUCGAGAAGAGUAUUACAGAAUAGCCUCGCAAGAGCAGGGGGGUGGGUGCGCGAUGAGGAUACACCCGAGGUGCUUGCUCGAUUACGGUGGUCCGAUAUGGAAUAUGUGUGCUUAGUGAUGACCCACACUCCUUUUGAGCCACGACAGGUUAAGGCAGCAACCUUCCCAAGGAUAAAUGGCCAAGUCUCGAUUUACCGGUCGGCAAGGCGUCUAUACAACUGGGACGGGAUGAUGAGCGCUGCACUCUGCGGAGAGGCGGAAGCCGCAAACCUGCAGUGGGCUAUCGAGGCUCGAGAGUGGCUACAAGGGAACAACCCUGUGUACCAGAAUGCUUCGGGUUUACCUCAACCAGUAGCCACAGCUCGACUUUUGGAGGAUCCAGCCGUACGAGCCCAUGCAAACAGGGAGUUCCCAGUGACGGUAGUCCAGCGUACCGAUCCUGGGCCUCGGGCAGCGGAUGUGGAGAUGACGGGCCUGCGUGUCGGGAUCAAUGUAGAUGAAGACAAUGAAGCUGUAAAGUUCUCGAACAGGGAUUUGCUCGUCAUGCUAUUCCCAGAGCUUUUCCCAUAUGGACACGGCCACUUUUCCUUAUGGCACUACAAGGUCUCUCUCCGGGUGCCAGAUGAACAGGGGGAAGAACACUACAGCAUUAAGGCCUACGCUAAAUACAGGAUGUUGCACUUCGAUCCUCAUUUUGCCAGAAAUGCGAGGUUCAUCUGCUUUAUUGCCGACUGGAUUACCAAGGAUUGCGCGUACGGCUACCGCCUCCGUACAACAACUUCAACAAGGCAAGGAGGGCGAAGGACAAGUCGUGAGGAUGUUUACGCUGGUAUGAAGGAAAAAAAAAAUAAAAAAAAACAUCGUCUCAAUUGA